UCUGACCCUCUUCCCCUUUUCACUCUUCCCACCCCCCACCCCUCCACCUAUUCGUCCUUACCCCAAGCCUCCGCUCCCCCUAACUCAUUACACCCCCUUGACCAUGUUGCCAUGUGUCUGCUGGCUCCAACUUGUCCUCAUCUUGCUGUCCUCUGUCUUACGGACCCGGGGGGAGAACUGCCCAGUGACCUGCCUGUGCCCAGAUCCUCACACUGUGGACUGCAGUGGCCGCGGGCUGACCCGUCUACCAGAUGAGAUCCCCUUGGAUGUGCGCAGGCUCUUGCUGGCUGACAACUGGAUACCCAGCAUCCCCGCAGACUUCCUGGUUCUGUACAGUGACUUGGUCUACCUGGACCUACGGAACAACUCCUUGUCCCACAUAGAGCCAGGCACCCUCAGCACCUCUUCCAGGCUGGUCUUCCUGGACCUGGGCAGCAACAAUCUGACUGAGAUCCCCACAGGGACGUUCGGGGAGUCCCGUAGCCUGAUAAAACUCCGCUUGGGGAACAACCCAUACUUGAGCAUGGUCAGCGAGGAUGCUUUCCUGGGCCUGACCUCUCUGAGAGAGCUGGAGCUGGAGCGUAAUGCACUGUCUACCCUAAAGGUGGGGGCGCUGAGUCAGUUGCCCUCCCUGCGGGUGGUUAGGCUAGAGGGCAACCCUUGGGUGUGCAACUGCAACUUUGCCAACCUGUUUGUAUGGCUGAUGGAAAACAGUCACAAGCUUCCUAAUGGAGUGGAAGGCAUGGAGUGCUCUCUCCCCAUGGACGGCAGGCGUGUGUCACUUACCCAGCUAUCAAAGGACAGCUUCCGUGAGUGCCAGGUCACCCUCACCCUGACGGAUCUGCUCAUCAUCAUUUUCUCUGGCAUCUCAGUGUCAGUGGUGGCAAUCAUGACAAGCUUCUUCCUGGCUUCAACUGUUCAUUGCUUUCAGCGCUGGAGCAAAGGCACCAAGGGGGAUGAGGAGGAGAGCGAGGAGUGAAAGGGGACUCUGUUUUCAGGGCCUCGCUCGUCCUGCCUCUUUGUCAGCGAGAGGACAGCAUGGACGGCGUGCACUGUUUGUGACAAGUUUCACACCGCUUCCUCCCUGGUGACCAUCCGGGACUGGGAAUGGUAGGACUUCGCCUAGCAAGGUGGGAGUUGUUAUCUUUGCACAUGGAUAUCUGAAACACGACAACAAAGGACAUUCCAAAGAGAUGAGUCAAAGCCCCAACAAAAAUUAGUGCUCUACUUUCAAAAUAGUUCUUAUUUUUGUCUGUGAGAGCCUGUGGUCACCCUUUUAUGGUCAUUAGCUCUUUAAUGGUAAACACCAAUAUGAAAAAUGCCAACACUUUUGCAAAGCAAGAAAGAUGGGGAAAAAAGAAGAUGAAUUGUCAUUACAGUGCUGUCACAUUAGUCUUAGAAAAGACUUACCAACAUCAAAUUACAUUUACGUCCAACUUUGGAGUCAGAAAUCCUGUGAAAUGACAUUAUUCAAAGUUAGCAUGACCUUUUAAGUGACUGCAGGCUUACAGAGCGUGAAUGAUUGUCAUCGGAGCUUUGUCUGUAAAGGAGAGAGUGUUUGCUCUUGCAAGAGCAGAUGUCAUAUCGACUCGUAUCCUCAGUAUUUCGACUGCCUAAAACGUGGUAUGCCGGCAUAUCCUGCCAUUUACAACGUCUCCUUCGACAGCCUAACUUACUUACAUUCAAAUCUGGUUCACAAGCAUCAGAAAUGGCAAACCCUUUUUGUUCCGGCUGCAUGGAAGAUUACAGUGUGAUAUAGAUGUCAGUCCCGCCACAAGGAUCGGUGUAAUACAGAAAUGUUAAGCAUCAGGCAAAGGCAGGAAGAAUUUCCAGUGGCUCAACAUGUUAUCACAACAGUAUAUUCAUCAUAUAAUCACAAAUUUAUAUACCAAAUAAAACAAUGUACAGUCAGGAAAAUGUUAGACAAACAUAUAAAUCCUCAAGAGGAUAUAUCCUUAGAUUGAUUACUGUGAACUGUGUAGAAAGAGAUCCAUAGAAUAUCUAUAAUCUUGAAAAUUAUGGCAAAUAUAGUAUUGGCAUAGUCUAUGUAGAGAUUUUAUGUCAAAAGAACACACUAAAUGGUGAACCUUGUACCUGAUUUUGGCCCCUAACAACACUAACUGGUUUUGUCUUCAUCUGCCAAAGAUUAGUUUUAGGCAAACGACAGAGUGCAUCUAGGGACUCUCAUGUGGAUUUGUUGUGUAGUGUGGUAGGGAAGGCUCCUUAACAGAAGGCAGCAAUAUAGCCAAAUCACAUAACCAUGCUCAGACUAUUGUCCGUUUAUUAAAGACCGUCCAGUAGAUCUUCAAGUAGAUCUUUUAGUAGAUCUUUCUGUACCUUCCAGUUUGAGUGCAUCAGAGCUGCUGACAUAAAACCUUGGAACAGGCUCAUAUCGAAAGUUUGACGAUAUCAACUAGAGUUCCUUCUGAAACCAGUGCACUGAAUUUUAUGUUGUUGAUUUUUGUGUGCAUUCUGUAUGUUAAAGCCCUCCUUCAUUAGGAUUUGGAAUGCACCUGGAGUGGAUGCUUUGAAUAUUUUUUUUCUCUCCCUGCACUCCCCCAGCAAAGGUAUAUUGCACUGCUUCUCAGCAUUCUUGUAAGGCAUGAAUAAUUCAGCAAAAAUGAGAUAUGAAGCAGAAAGAAUGUCAAGCUUCUAAAUGCAAACAUGCCGAGGAAAGAAUACGAGCCAUGAGCAAAGAGAGCCAUUCAUUUCUCUGUGGUUAGCAAAAGACAAAGUAUAAAAAAUUCAAAUGCUUCUGUCCCACAGAGCAACUGGUAUCGUAAUAUUCAGUGUGCAGUAUUUUGCAGCGAAGUUUGGAGAAAUGACAAGAAAUAAAUGUGGCCUUAUUGUUCAUUUGUCAUUUUCCAUGAGUCUCAGCCUCAGUAAAAAGCACAAUGAUUUCACAUCGAACCAAUGCUACUCUACUCUCUUAACAAGGAUGUGGCACACAACAUGUUAAUACCAACUUGUAUUAACACAACGCACGUUUUUCUUAAAGAUACUCUAUGUUAGUCAUGCAUGUGUUUUUUUUUUUUGUUUUUUUUUUAAUUUGGCAGGAUUCAAACGUGUUCGUGCGGGACACUUUGAGGACACAUGCCCACGGGAAGGUGACACUCAGAAAAAGUUCAGAUUGAGUCGUAUCUUAAAGGGGAACACCAGUGAAUCUUAUUUUUCGAAAUAUCCCAUAUUCCUAUUCUCAGUGGCAGGUUUAGUCUAUAAUAGUGAACAAUGAAAAUUACCUCUCACACCAUCGAGGCGGGACACCCUCGAUGUGUUACUUCCACAGCUUAUGUUUUAUGGUCUGAAGCUGCACACCAGAAAAAGCGUGAAGUUUAUUUGAUUUAGUUGAAGUCAGAAAAGCAAGUUUCCUCGAGUUUCCUCCUUAAUUGGCGUAAGAGGUUCAAGUUAUACAUCUGCCCUCUAUCACUAUUAACUUUUUUGAGUUGUUUGCGUUCACAAAUAGUGAUUAUGCUGCUCAAUGCCACAAGAAUAGCAAAUGAAUUCAUUACGUUGCGUGGUUUUCUCCUUUAAUUGAUAUAAAACUACUUUCUUAACAGAUAUCAGAAUGCUAAGAGCUUAGUCAAGGAGUCAGAGAAGUACUUUUUAUACAUAUCAUUUCCAACUACUGUGUAGUUACUGUAUAUUUACAUUACAAUUUAUUAGCUUAGCUGUUAGCUUGAAGCAUAUGUUAGCAUGACAUAUUCCUUUCUUUUACUCAUUUUAUUAAGUAACAAAUAUCAGUACAUUAGAGCAUGCAGCGUUGAGGUUACCUAUAUAAUUCAGAUUCAUGUCUAUUUUUCUAUUAAAGCCUUUAGAGUGAAGCGUUUAUUUACUCUGUUGGUCCACAAGGAAUUUCUGCCAUCAUACCCCCUGAAAGCAGACAGCGGUUGGGUGCUUUCCUACAUUUUGUCUUGACAUAGCUUCAAAUACCAAAAUCCAUGUCAUGUUUUGUCAGAAAAAAAAAAACAAAUGUCAGAAUGGCUCAAAAUCUGUGUGAGGUGACAGCGAGAGGAGAGUGUAAAGUUGUUGAUGCAGCUGAGUGCAAUUCAAAAUGUCACAAAAACACUGUCAAACAGAAAGUAUGUGUAUCUGUAUAUUGAUGUUUAGUAAAAAACAAAGAAAUAAAAUCCUUUUUUCUGC